AUGACGCUGCGAAUCUUAUUACUUCUUCACCCAACAGUGGUGUCUGACCAGAAUCUUGUCGAGUCUGUCAAGUCCAAGAUCUCGGCUGAGCAUCCAAAUCACUCUUUGGAUCAACAAAUCAUCAAUAGAAUUACACAGGGAGAUGUGGUUUUGUCCAAUAAUACAUACGACGAAAUUCACUAUAUCAAUCCUAACGACUCCCAGUAUUUAGAAAUGCCAAUCCUGUUGAUCAAGUUAUUAAAUGACUUGUUGACACACGAUGGAGUGCUAAGAGGAGACUUGCCAAAGGAUCAAAAUUUGGAUGCGUUGAUGCAAGGUUUUGUUGUUGGUGAUGAUGGAUCCUGGAUCAAGCCCAAACCUGUUGAGACUGUACUGUUGUUGAAGAAAAAGAAGGAGAGUAACAUUACUAGCAACAGCAACAACAAUGACAGUAGUCCUCGAGAGGUUGGUGUCAACAACACUGGGAAUUACACCCAUGCAGCAAUGAGUACUUUAGCAAGCAAGAAAAAGAUUCCGAUGUUUAAGAAACUUCUGGAUCGUUCUAAUGAGGUCAAGGGUAAUUUAGCUAGUGGUACUGUAAAGAGUCCAUCGCCUGGAUUGACGGAUACGUCUGCGCAAAACACUGACGAGGAGAAUGAGAAUGGAAAUAGCAUGAAGAGGAAGCUUGUGGAGACCAAGCUCACUUAUUUUAGUGAUUCUGACUCGGAUAAUAAUGAAGGAAGAGAUUUGGAUGAUGAUGAUGAUGAUGGACAAGAAGACAAUGACAUUUAUAUUAAUGAGAAUGAUUUGAUUUCUGAGUUGAAAUCGGAUAAUUUGAUUAUACCCAAGAAGUGUGAGUUGCCCAAUGGGAAAAGGCGCAGAAAGGCAUGUAAGGACUGUACGUGUGGGUUGAAGGAGAUUGAGGAGGCGGAGCUUUCGCAGCAGUCGGAUAAGCAGAGUAUGCUUUUGGCUAAAUUGGCGCAGCUGGCUAGUGCUGAAGCAGCCAAAAUCGAGGAGAGGUUGGCGAAGAAGCAGGGUGAUGUUGUCAAGUUUAAAGAAGAGGAGUUGAAUGAGAUUGAUUUUACGGUGAAGGGAAAGACUGGGGGCUGUGGUUCGUGUUCGUUGGGUGAUGCGUUUAGAUGUGAUGGGUGUCCAUAUUUGGGAUUGCCACCUUUCAAGCCGGGCGAGGCUAUCACCCUCGAUGGGAUCGAUGAGGAUAUUUAA